AUGGCUAUCAUCCUUAGAUCCUAUUGUACAAGUGGUUUCUUUAUAUUCCGAUACAUGUGGUGGACAGAACAGGAAUCAAAUGUUGCUGCGAUGUUUUUGUAUGCUGUACAAAAUACACCUAUCAAAACAAUAACUCACAAUUUUUUGGAGAGUGGUCACUCUCACAUGGAGGUUGAUAGCAUGCAUGCUGCCAUAGAGUGCGAAAAGAAACAUGUACCUGUUUACACUGUGCUUGAUUGGAUAACAAUAUUCCGCAGAGCUCGGCGCAAACGACCGUAUGAAGUGAAUAAUCUACACAAUGAUGAUUUUCUUGAUUUCCAGAUGUUGGCCCGUAGCAUUAUGAAGAACAGAAAGAGAGACCAUGAUGGGAACAUCGUUAAUUGGUUGUUGAUCAAAUGUUUGAGAUACCAGAAAGACCUACCUGGUAUUAUUCAAUAUCGUCAUAGAUAUACAGAUCAGUACAGACGUAUUAAUGUCUUCAAUCGUGGCCGGCCUCCAAUUUUAGUUUUACAAAAGGCUUAUAAAAGUUUAAUUCCAAUUUGUAAGGCAAAAAAGAAUGAUUUAGUAAAAUUAUGCACCCAGGGAGUCAUUCCAAAUGAAUUACACUUGUGGUAUAAAUCACUACCAACUAGCAACCAGGCCAAAGAUUCUGUACCUGAACCUGCUCAAACAGAUUCUGGUGAAGAUGAUGAUGAAAGUGGAUCUGGUAACGAUACUGAAUAA